UUCUUCUUCUUCUUGAUCGGCAGCCAUCUUUGUUUAUAGAACAUUUCUAUCAAAUAAUUAGGGGGGGGAAAUUAUCUUUUGUAGCUGCUUUUCUUAGAAGUUGCCAGGAAUGGCGACUAGGAGAUCAGGGCAGCUAGUCCAGCGUACUGUGGCCAGUUCUGAUAAAGAUCCCGAUACAAAUCCUGAUGUGGAAAAAGCAGAGGGAUAUGAGAGCGACGAAGCGGGAGAUAAAAAAGAAGUACGACUUACUCUCAUGGAGGAAGUCCUUCUACUCGGACUCAAAGACCGAGAGGGCUACACGUCGUUUUGGAAUGACUGCAUAUCUUCGGGUCUUAGAGGUUGUAUGAUGAUCGAAUUGGGUCUGCGAGGACGAAUUGAACUCGAGAAAACAGGCAUGCGAAGACGAAGCUUACUUAACAGAAAGGUGAUAUUUAAGAGUGAAAAUCCGACUGGUGAUGUGUUGUUAGACGAAGCUCUUCGACACAUCAAAGAGACUGAUCCCCCGGAUACCGUUCAAAAUUGGAUUGAACUGCUUAGUGGUGAGACAUGGAAUCCUUUGAAGUUAAGGUUCCAGUUAAGGAACGUCCGUGAACGCCUUGCAAAGAACCUUGUUGAAAAAGGAGUAUUAACAACUGAGAAGCAGAACUUCCUGUUAUUUGACAUGACAACACAUCCAGUCAUAGAUUCAUCCAUGAAGCAGCGUGUUGUAAAAAGGGUCCAAGAUGCUGUCUUAUGUAAAUGGGUUAACGAUCCUAACAGGAUAGACAAGAGAUGUCUAUCACUCAUUUACAUGGCUCAUUCCUCUGAUGUUCUGGAAAAUGCUUUUGCUGCCCUAUCAGAUGAUGAUUACGAACUAGCAAUGAAACGAGUACGUGAACUAUUAGAUAUUGAUCCCGAGGUGGAAGCACAGAAGCCAAAUUCAAAUGACAUCAUGUGGUGUGUUAUAGCAGCUUUUAUCAAGUAAUUUCUAAAACAUUUGGUUCUAUUACUUAUCCCUGAUAACCCAUGUAUAAUAUUUACAUGUAAAGAUUGUGGCAUACACUCCAGAAAACAAGCAAUCAAACAUGUAUCUGUGAGUUGGCCAUUACGAAUUAAAAAGAAGGCAUGGUUGGGUUUAGGGUAGUGGGUAAUGCACAAGGAGAAACUGCAAGCUACAGUAAGUAAAAACGAAUGAAAUCGAAACUUAUUUUUCAUUAAAUAUUCAUAACAAUUAUCAUAAUAUUGUCCAUAAGCUAUCCUACCUCUCCAUCUUAAUGCCAGCAAACAUACUGGAUGGACAAGAUACAGAUACUCAGGAACAGUGGUAGCUUUGUAGGAAAUCUUUGAGGAUCUAGACAAGAGGCAUUGAACCUAUGGAUUGUGUUGUUAACCAGGAGGGUGCUUUGCCUGGUUUGAUUGUUGCCUCAUUCAGCUGGUAACAAUAAAAUCAGUGAUAAAAGAAAUUGCAUUCUUGGAAAAUAUGAUCUAUAAAGAAAAUAUCAGUUAAAGAAAACCGGCCUUUACAAUACAAUCCAUGUUCUAGUAAAAGCCAUUGAACUAGAGAAUCAAAGCAGUAGCUCUGUAUGUAUUUUGUGUUUGUGAUUUUAAAGAUAUUUCCUAGAUUAAUAACUAAGGUUCUUGUAAAUCAAUAAAUCAAGGCAAAUUUGUACAUUAA